AGCGCUCGUUCAUGACACUUCAUUAGGGGAUGUACAGAAAUUACAUUAUUUAAAAACAAGUGUUUGUGGUGAAGCCGAGAUGUUGUUAAGAAAUAUACCUAUUACCGGGUCGAAUUAUAAACAAGCGUGGGAUACAUUAAAGGGCCGUUUUGGAAACAAAAAGAUGAUUGUUACUUCUAUUUUAAAAAGAUUAUUUAACCAAAAGAAAGUAGUGAACCAGUCUGCAAGUCAAAUUAAAGCGAUAUUAGAUACAACAACAGAGUGCAUACAGAGCCUUAAUAAUUUGAAUAUUAACACCGAUUCUUGGGAUCCUAUAAUUAUAUUUCUGGUGGGGCAGAAGUUGGAUACAGAGUCGUUAAAGGACUGGGAGGAACUUACACACAAGGAUGGAAGUGAUGAAUUAUCUACAUGGUCAGAACUGAAGAAGUUUCUUGAAGCUAAGUUUCGUACACUUGAACUUGUCACGCCAGUAACAACAUCUACUAGGGAGAAACCUUCAACAUAUAAGUCACAUCACGCCACAGUCGAAGACGGCCGCCGGGAUAUUUAUCAAACACCACGAGUUCAUGUUUCACCGGUAUUAUGUACAUAUUGCAAGGGUGAGCACUACAUAUUCAACUGCAAGGAAUUUGUGAAUCAGUCGGUUGAUGCGCGACAAGAGUUUGUGAAGAAGAAUUAUUUAUGUUACAAUUGCCUUCAACCGAAUCAUAAUGUAUAUCAAUGUAAACAAAGGAAAACAUGUCGAGUUUGCGGAAGAAAACAUCAUUCACUUUUACAUAAGGUUAGACUGACACAUACGGACGAAGAUGAACAACCACAACCAGAACAAAACAUCACAACAGCACACUUCUCUAGAGAACAACCCGAUCAACAAGUAUUGUUAGCGACAGCACAAGUUAUGGUUAAAGCGAAGAACGGUUACACACACAUGCUUCGUGCUUUAAUUGAUCAGGGAUCAGAGGCCACAUUCGUUUCUGCGAGAGCAGCGGCACUUUUGGGUUGUACAAAAUCCAAAAUCAACGGUGUAGUCUCAGGAGUGGGAGAAGGAAAUCGUAUACAAAUACAACAUCUAGUCGAUCUCGCAGUUUCGUCAAGAUGGAAAGAAGAAGAUGAAGUGAAUAUUGAAGUCAGGGCUUACAUUCUUAAGACUAUUUCAACAAGUUUGCCCUCAACACACAUCAAGACGAACUGUUCAGAGCUCCAAAUGUUACCAUUGGCUGACCCUACCUAUCAUACACCAGGAAGAAUUGACAUGUUGUUGGGAGCGGAUGUCUAUUGCAAAAUUAUAGAAGAAGGAUUGGUAAAAUUGUCAGAUGGGUUAGUGGUGCAGAAAACACGUUUGGGAUGGAUUAUAUCAGGUCGAAGAGAUGAAAAGAUUAUGGAUAACAAACACAAUAUAAUAACACUACAUAUAACAAGGAUGGUUGAAGAAGAUAAUGAUUUACUUAGAAGGUUCUGGGAAAUAGAAACAGAUGUCUACAAAAAGAAGAAGAUUCAAACAAAAGAAGAAGAACUAUGUGAGGAGAUUUACAAGAAUACAACAAGAAGAGAUUCUACAGGACGAUAUGAAGUACAUUUACCGUUAAAACAAAGUAUAGAAGACACGAUUAAAUUAUGUGGAAAAACAAAAGAGCAAGCUAUGAGAAGAUUUACACAACUAGAAAAGAAAUUCGAAAGAGAUGAGAAGUUGAAAAUAGAAUAUACAAAGGUUAUACAUGAAUACAAGGCAAUGGGUCACAUGAAACAGGUAAAGAAUGUCAACAACGAUAAUGCUAUUUAUCUGCCGCAUCAUGCAGUAAUACGUGAUGACAAAGAAACGACGAAGGUACGAGUCGUUUUUGAUGCAUCGGCAAAAGGUUCUAAUGGCUAUUCAUUAAAUGAUUGUAUGAUGAUUGGACCUGUGUUACAGCCAGACCUCAGAAGUUUAAUUAUAGCGUGGCGAAUGCAUAAGAUAUGUGUUGUGGGGGACAUCGUUAAGAUGUAUAGAAUGAUCAACAUGACUGCUAAACAUACACCUUUACAACGCAUCUUAUGGCGAGAUAAUCCUCAUGAUCAAAUUGAAGAAUAUGACCUAACAACUGUAACCUUUGGUACAGCAGCAGCUCCUUAUUUGGCUGUGCGAACUUUAAUACAAUUAGCAGAUGAUGAGGUGCAUAAUUAUACGGACACUGCUGUUAUUAAAAGGGCUUUCUAUAUGGAUGACCUCAUGACAGGAAAUGAAAAUAUUGAGAAGACAAGGAACAUGUGUAAAGAAAUAACAGAGAUAUUAGCUAAAGGAGGGUUUCAAAUGCAGAAAUGGUCUAGUAAUUCAGAAGAAGUAUUGAACUAUUUACAAAGAAAUGAUAUUGAUGCAAGGGACAAGAUAAAUAUAAAGUUAGAUGAUGUAAUAAGAAUUCUCGGAUUAACAUGGGAUAGAAAAGAUGAUGCAUUCAAGGUAUCAGUCAACUUACCAGAAAUGAAGCUUCCUGUCACAAAGAGGACAAUUCUAUCUGAUGUGGCUCGACUUUUUGAUCCUUUUGGGUGGCUUUCGCCUGUAAUUGUUACUGCGAAGAUUUUAAUACAAAGAUUAUGGUUAUGUAGCCUAGGAUGGGAUGAUCAACUAACUCCGGAUUUACGCGAAGAGUGGAUAAGAUACAGAGAACAACUUACACAUUUGCAAAACCUCAAGAUACCACGCUGGUUAAAAACUACACUUGAUAAUGACAAAGUUGAAUUGCACGGUUUUGCAGAUGCAUCUGCUCAAGCUUAUGCUGCUGUAACAUAUCUGAGAGUUUUUCAUGAUGACAAAAUACAUGUAACUAUACUUGCAUCACGAACCAAGGUUGCACCAUUGAAGCAAAUAUCAGUACCAAGAUUGGAACUUUGCGCUGCAGCCCUACUAGCGGAGCUUAUUGAGGAUCUUGUGGAAGUACUCAAAGUACCUAAACAUAGAAUAUUCGCCUGGACCGAUUCAAUGGUUGUACUUUCAUGGUUACAAUGUCAACCGAUUCACUUGAAGACUUUUGUUGCAAAUCGGGUUGGAGGUAUAACACGAGUCUUGGAUAAUGAAUGUUGGAGACACGUCAAAUCUGCAGAGAAUCCUGCAGAUAUUGCAACCAGAGGCAUUGACGCAUGUGAUCUAGUAGAUUCUGAGAUUUGGUGGAUGGGACCGGUUUGGUUACAACAAACAAACCUUCAACUUGAGAGAUGUGAUGUUACAAAAAUAGAUUUAGAAAUGAAGAAGCUAAAAUGCAAUGUUAUUAUAGAAGAAAAGCCAAUUUGGGAGAGAUUUUCCACUAUGUCAAGAAUGAAACGGGUACUCGCAUAUUGUAGAAGAUUUGGUAAGAAACGGACAACACAAACACAUCAUUAUUUAACAUCACAUGAAAUGGAAUAUAUAUUAGAAGAAUGCAUAAGAUAUUAUCAAAACUUGGUUUAUGAAAAGGAUAUAGAAGCGCUAAAGAAAGAAGGAAGAGUGAAGAAAAGAAGUACACUUAUAACACUAGCUCCAUUCAUAGACGAAAGAGGAAUUUUGAGAGUAGGGGGCCGGUUGCAGAAUGCAUCACUGGCAGAUACAACUAAACAUCCUAUUAUAAUACCGAGUCAUCAACACAUUACAAGGUUGUUAGUUAACGAAGCACAUACAAAAACGCUCCAUGGUGGCAUACAACUAAUGUUAACUUACAUUAGAACAAAAUAUUGGGUGAUUGGAGUGAAGUCGGCAGUAAAGCAAUGUAUUCGUAAUUGUAAGAUAUGCAUUAUAGACAAGGCUAAAGUACAGUGCCAGGGUAAUCAUGAGUUUAAACGGCCAUUAUACAAAUUGAUAGCGUUGCCUAAAGAUUUUUAGUUUAUUUGAUUUACAUUUAUACACGAUUGUUAUUUACAAAUUUACAGUCCACUAAUAUGUUACUUAUUUACAGUUGUUGUAUAAAUUUAUUUGAAUGUUAUUAGAUGAGUUCAUGUUGAUUUUACUACUGUAUAAAAAAACUAUUGUUUUUGGCCGCCGGUAUGUUCGGGAGAAUUUUACAUUAAUUGAAUUUUUGUUGUGUAUUGACUUUACUUAAUGAUCUAAAUGUAUUGAUAGAUUCGAUGCGAUGAAUGUAAAUCCAGUAUGAAAUAAACAGUCAAAGUGAA